UCACGUGACGCAGUCGUGAGUUUAGUAGUGAGCAAACUGGUGUGUGGGAAUGCCUUGUCACCAUUGAAGGAUUGUGAAUUAUUUUCUGUUUUCUUUAGGAUAAUUUAUUGCCAGUAAGUUAUUUUAAAACAAUAAAGUAUUUCAAUCUCCAAAUAACUAUAAUCUAACUUUGCGGAUGUGUGUGAAUGUCUAAGCAUACGUGUUCUAAUGCUCCAUUGAUCGUAUCUAAUCACAGGGUUUGUGGCCGCCAUUUUGUAGAAUUUGUGCUUGGAUUUUUUGCUAUUUAAUUCUCGUCAAGUCCAUUUAACUCCUAUCACAAUUUGAUUUUAGACUUUGAAGUGAAAUAGUUUUUAAGAAAACGUUUUAUUUAUUAUUCGGUAAUAGUGGUUUUGUGUGUGAGUGUUUUCGUGGAAAUUAGUUCGUCACCAGUACGUUACGUAUUGGGAGUACAAAGAUGGCAUUUCUAUGACAGUGGCUGUCUAAAGAUGCAGUGGUCAUCAUCUCCUUCACAACCUGUUCAGAGCAACGGAUCUUUUCUUCAUUUCUAGCCCUCCAUGCUAUGGUGAUCCAGUGGUCCUGACGCAGUGAGAGUACACAUACGCAUCACUGAAGCUAAUUGGCAGCAACAUAGAAAACACACCACGUGUCCAAACCAAACGUGAGGCUCUCAACACAUUGAAGUGCUACACAAUUUGGUUGUUUCGAUUUGUGAGAAAACUACCCAAGUGAUCCAAAUAAGUUAUAAUUAAGACAAGGCAUUACUCCCACACACCUGAUAAGAAGCAAAAUAGAUUCCACCGAACGUUACAAAUUGGUUGUCAACGAUAGUGAGUGCAAAAUUGAAUUUAUGUAAACUCAGAUAACGGAAUUUUUGUCAACGAAACAGUUGUUGUGUUUUGAAGACUUAUAUGAGAUAGAGGAAUUUUGGUUGUCAAAUUUUAAAGUAGGAAGUGUUUUGGAAGGCUACAAACCUUCAAAUCCGCUUUUUUAUUGUGAGAAAUUGAUUUGAAAAAUUCGAAAAUGGAGCGGGAAUCGAACUCUAUGCAAGCGCAUUGCCGGUCGGGUUGUGGCUUCUACGGUAACCCUGCCACCGACGGCCUCUGUUCGCUGUGCUACAAGGAGGCACUGAAGAAGAAGAACCAGCCGCCCAACGCAGGCCCCACGGGGGGACCAACCAGCUUCCAUUCGGCCCCUGCGCCUGCCCCCCAGGCACCCGCCUUCGCCUCAUCAGUGACCCUCCAGCCGUCAUCACCCUCCAGCCUCAUGGACACCGCCAUUCCCACCAUACCUGUCAUCUCGUCGCCACCCUCCGACCACAGCAAAGACUCAGAGCAGAGCGGAGCAGUGGGGGGAGGUGCGGUAGCGGGAGCAGCGACGGCGAGCAGUAGUGGCGCGGAGAGUGGGGGGGACCUGGACGACAGCCAUGACGGCAAGGACGACAAAGACGCCAAAACUAAAAAAAAGAAUCGAUGCGCCCUUUGCCGCAAGAAGGUCGGCCUUACAGGUUUCGAGUGCAGAUGUGGUGGCCUGUACUGCGCAGUGCAUCGAUACUCGGACAAGCACGACUGUUCGUUCGACUACCGCGAGCUCGGCGCACAGGAGAUCCGACGCAACAAUCCCGUCGUCGUCGGCGAAAAGAUCCAGAAGAUCUAAUCAGUGCUCCUGCUCCAAUCAGUGCAGUGCAGUGCAGUGCUCCGUGUCUGUAUAAGCGAACUCUACAGCCGCAGCCCACUCCUAUAUCUAUAUAUAUGCGCAUAGAAACACGAAAAAACUGAAUACCAUUACCUAUAUUAUACAUAUAUAUAUUAGCUCGAAUUUUGUUUUUUUCUAAUUAUUAUAUCAUUUAUUUACUACGCAGAAUUAUUAUUGUGUUUGACAAUAGGUGAUUUCUGGGUGCGUUGGAGAUUUUUGAAGUAACUGCUGUGGUAAACUAGCGGACAUGAAAUGAAAUUUCCAUAGUUUUGACUUGUGUGCAAGUAUGAGGGGUUUGUAUGAGAUAGGCCGGCCGACUUAUGAGGAGUUUUUUUUUUUAAUCCUCUUGAGUCAAGUAUGAGGCAUUUGUGUGAGAUAAUGGUUGAACUACAGUUCAUAUUAUAUUACUUGUGAUUAUAAGAUCUUGAAAAAAGUCCUCAUUAGUUUUUAUUUGAGUUGCCAAUUUCGCUCAUGUUUUUAAGAUGUGUGAGGAAAAGUUUGCACAGAAAUUUAUUAGUGUGAUCAUACUCGCAUUCAUACAAAUCCUCAUACUUCUACACAGUCUAAACGCACCUUUCAAGUGUUUAGUGAAGAAAAUUAGUCUCGAAUAAACUAGCGAUGUGUAGUUUAUUCAUGAAAUGUUGUGUCCAAGCUAUCAGAAGAGGAAAGUUAUCAUUUUUCAAUUAUUGGAGAAGAAAUUUUUAUAAAGCUACGUUUUUAAAAAACACGAAACAUUCUAGUUUUCUUCAUUAAAUUCUAUUGUUUACCAGCAUAAAACUAGCAAUUUUUUGUAAAUACUGUAUAAUUAUCUGUUGCUUUUGACGAUGUGUUAUAAACUCAUAACCUGCUGCCUACAGUCUAAUCUAUAAAAGUCAACUGGAAUUCAAAAUUCUCAGAUGACAAAAUCGGUAAAGAAAAGUAGAAAACUUCAACGUCACUCUAGAAAUACCUUAGGAAAUAUUAAUAUAUUUUGAAUUGAUUGAUUGGGUUUUUUAUAAUUAUUAGUUGUUGAACUAUUAUCGAUGGUGUGUGUAAAUUCAUUAGUCAAUCUUGUAGACACGGCAUUACGUGAAGUAGUAGUAACAUCACGGUGAUUUCAAAAAUAGAAAACUCACAAGAAUAUUGUGGUAGGUUCAUCCGGAUUAUGGUUUUUAAAAAGUUGUCAAAAAAUGUUUCACUUUUCUAAGUUCUUUUCUUGUCGUUUUGAGAUAUUAUUGCUUUCUGCACACGGUUGAUCGCGUAUAUUAUUUUAAUUACUAACUAUAGAGUUGAUGAAUUUGUUUUUUGUUUCCAGUUUGUUCUUCAUUCUUGUCCACAAUAUGAUUCUAAGUACCUUUUUCGAUUGUAUUUAUUUAUUCCUCAUGUUAUCGGGUAAUUCGUUGAGUAUGGAUACAGUAAAUGGUUGAUUUCCUUCAUAAGUGGAUAAAUACUAGCGAAAAUGCGUGUUACUUGAGAUUAAUGAAUGAUUGAUUGAAUGAGUGUGUGUGGGUUUUACCUGCUUGUAGGCCCUCAUUGUACGUUCAUGCAGGUGUGUGAGUGUGUAUAUGUGUUCCGGUGUGGUUGUAUAGAUGUGUAUAAAUUAUAAAAUAAUAAAUAUAUGGUUAGACAAAUUUACUACAAACAGCUGUCAGCUAAUUAUUACUAUUAUAGAAUUCGUCCCUGAGAUUAGUGCAGUGUUUGUUGUGCUUUUUAAGGACAUGUUUUUGAGUGUGUAAUUGUAUGUGUGUUAGUUGGAGUGUCGUUUUUCUAGUAGAACGGCGUCUCUAGCCUAAACAACGGCGAAAAGAAAUUAUUGAAUGGAAAAGUGCAAAUUUAAAAAGUGAAUGAUAAAUUCAACGGGCAGAGUUUUGUUUAUUCGCUGCGAAUUUUUGUCAGGCUUUUGAACUUUUUUUUUAAAUACAAGCCGACUCUAUUCCAAACCGAAUAAACGAGAUAUCGAUCAUGCUACUGUCGAACAUAGAACACAAUCGAUUGUCGAUAGUUUGAGUCUUCUCGCUCUGCUCAAUGAAGAGGUGUACCGUAACAGUCAUCGACGCGAAGGACGAAACUAUAUAUAUUAAUAAUGAAUGAUUCUACUACAACAAGAACACUAUUUUCAUAUUACGUUUGUGAAUUGCCUCGACGGUAAAAAAUAAUGGAUAUUAUUAUAUUUAUGUAUAUGAAUAAAAUUGUAAUGAUUAUUAAAUAAUACUGUACUCUUAUUAUGAUUAUUAUUAUUAGUUAUUCUAAAUGUAAAAAAAUAUAAUAACAGUCUCGUGUAUAAUCUUUCUCGGUGUGUUUUUAAUUUUUUUGGCGAAUUUUCUCUUUGUCAAAUAAUGGAAGAACACGGUAGAAGAAAUAUAUAAAUAUAUAAUAUUGUACUAAAACAAAGAUACUACAACGGAUGAGUUUGAAUUGCAUGGUUUGCUGCAAAUAUCGUUUUAAUAUAAAAUAUUGUUCUAGUAGACUGCAAUUAAAAAUGAAAUUCAUGAUAUCUUAAACUGUAUCUAUCGUUUAAUAAAUUUCUUCUGUUCAUUAUUUUAAUUAUUCUAUUAUCAGUAAGAGUUAGAUUAAGGAGAUAUGUUAAAUAUAUACGCUGUAUGCGAUCUGUUGAUUGGUUUGAGUGUUGAAAGAUAUUAUUGAAAUCGAUAAGAAAGAAAUUUAGGAAAUUAGUUUCAGUUGAUUUUUAUGAUAAGUUGAUGACAUGAAUAAUUAAUCAUUUUUGUCUUCACGUGUUACCAGAUCAGUUGUUUUAAUGUUUGUUUCUUUUUAUUUUCAAAUGUUAUUGUUUAAAAUCAUUCAAUUUUGCCUUUACACGCCACUGAUUCUGUCCUUUUUCCACUAGUGGAUAUCAUCCACCAUCCACCAACUUCUCUUCUUGCUCUAACUGUACAUAAUGCAAAAAACAAUAUAUCAGAUAAAAUUCGUCUGUUCAAACUCCAAGACUCUUCCACUCUUCCUUCGAUUUUAAAAUAAAAUAUUGUAUAAAAUUUCCGUUGAAGAAUAAGUUUUUAAUUUCACAGUGUAAUAAAAUAAUUCAACUAAUUUUAUCUUGAAUAGGGAUGUAAAAUAGAGAUAUUAACUAAGAAGUUUUUAAUUAUCGUUUUACUUUGACGUUCAUCUCUUUAUUUAUUCUUCUUGUACAGUAAUCUUUUCUGUGACAAUUAAAUAUCAAUUUCAUUAAGUGACCAAUGAUUCAGCUAAUCAUUUUACCAUUCCAAUACAAAUUAUAGUUGAACAAGAGUAAAUUAAUGAGGGAACAAACACUUCAUAAAAAUUGGGUUCACGAAUAAACUUGCUGUUCCAAUUUCAAAUUAUUACGAUUUUGUUUGUUUGUUUUUUUUUAAUUUCUGCACAGGAAAAAUGAGCCAAAUUAAUUAUUGCACUGCUCCUAAUACCCAACCAUUUAAAUUAGCUUUCCAGUUCACUUGACUAAUAAUUAUUAUCGUUCUUUAGAAUUCAGCAAUUAUUGAACAAUUUUAAGCAGUAAAAAACUCCAGCUAUAAAAUUAUCAAUAUGUCUGUAUAAAGUAUAUCUACCCAUAAAUAUUCUUUAUUAUUGUAAUGAUAUUGAUGAUUAUUAUAAUGAUAAUAGUCCUGCAAAAUAAUAAUUAUAUUUAUAUUCACAUUUAUCUGAUCGUUUGAUUUUAACCUACCUCGUUUUAGAAUUUAAUUGCUUCUAACUCUAAAUGUAGGAGGUUAAUGCAUAAUAUUAGUACAAAUGAGAGUUCAUACUUCAAUUAUUAUCAUAGGUAAUAUAUGUUUCUCCUGAUGAUAAUUUGCGUAUAUUUCAGCUACAGUUAUUUGAAAACCAACAAAUGAUUUCAAUUGAUUGUUUGCUUGUUAGAUAUACAAGUUUCAAUAAAUAUAUAUCCUUACCUGUGCAAAAUCAACAAAAAAAUGUUUUAAUUUAGGAAUAAACCGCCAGUCAUCACACAGUUUUGCCGUCUGUAUAAAUAUGUAUGUUUAUUUUAAUUAGUGAAAUAUUAAUAAAACAGUUUGAGUAGGAUGGAAAUUUAUGAAUGUAUCGAAAUUUUUAGUUUAUAUAAUAUAAUGUAAAAAUAUUGUCGAUAAAAAGAUGUGAAAUUUU